UUUUACGCAGGAAAGGCAGGAAACGUAAAGUGAAGACUUUGCUUUUCCACAAACAACUGACUAGCGACCCCGGCCUUGGCGAGGAUCCUGUGUGCCACGGUGCUGAGCAGUCUGGGACUGAAAAAGAGACACAAAAAGAGAAAGUGAGAGAGGAGGGUCCCUGGAAUUGAGGAGUUGGAUAGACACGGAGAGAGACACAAGAAAAAGUUCAAAGGAAGAGUGAAAGAAGAAAAGAUUUGGAGGGGAGAGACUGUGUCCUCUCUUGUCUCCCCUGUAUCUCUGGAGGGAGCUAUGGCGGAUAACAGCACUCAUCCUAUUGUGGAGAUACUGGAGUCCUUCGGAUUGAGGGAUGUGAUUCUGGCCUUCUGUCUUUCUAUGGUUGUCGGUCUUCUGCUGGGAGCUCUGGUCUACAUGAUCUUGAUCUGGAUGUCUCGUCGACGAGCUUCGGCCACCAUUACUCGUGUACCCAUCCACCAGUCCCGCUCCACCACCCGUUCAUCCUCGCCGCGUUCUCGGCCAGGCUACAGUCGACACAGCAGUGCCUACGACCGACGCAGCAACAACAGUCUGGCCAGCGCUGCCUUCUCCUUCCAUCGGCAAACCUCGUCCUCGCCGAUAGACUAUGGUGACUCACCAGGCCGCAAGUCGAGCUUCCGGGCCUCUACUUUUCAUCCUCUUCUCCAGUGUAGCCAGAUAGCUCGUGAGGCAGAAGAGGGUGCCCAGGGCAGCUUGCCACGGACCCCCACUCUCACUACCAACCCUGGAGCGGCUGGCUCCACCAGCACUGUCAGCUCCAUGGUCACUCCACCCCUGGCCAGAACCAGGCCAGAUUCCUUCUGGGGCAACAGCAAUCUAAGAGGCUUUCACGUUGGCCAGACUCCGCCACCUGCCUAUGAGAGCAUCAUACGAGCCUAUCAGGAGACAACUACGUGAAGGGAGAGGAGAUGCUACAGUGAUGGAGGAAGAUAAAUGUAUUAAUAGACUUGGACUAGACAAUUGGACAGCUGAAAGCAAUAUAGAUGUCUUGCAUCUUAAACUGACAUGGCCAGUUUUUCAAUGUUUGUAUAUUUGCGUUUGUUUGUAUUUUUAUUAAAAAUAAAGGUUAUUUUUUUGCCAUCUAUCCAUGAGGGACCAUUUCCAGGGAACAUUCCAUUAAAUAAAAGUUUAUUGUGGAAUAAAAAGUUUCUUUAGAAUAUGAAAAUUUUCUUCUCAAUGGAAAAGAAAUGGUUCUUUUAAGAACUCUUCCAUAAAAAGUUCUUUGAGGAACCAAAAAAUAGUUAUUUUAUGGCAUCAUUGCAAAAAACAACUUUUUGGAAUCUUUUUUCAGGUUAUUCUGAAAUACUCAUAUGAGAGAUUGUUUGAACGGGAGAGUUAGGUAACUUUUUGGCUUCAACGGGUCUGCUUUAUUGACUUAGUAAAGACAAAAUACCUUUAUUUUAUGGGGAGAGUUUGUGUAGAGUGUGAGAAAAUGAUGAAAAAAUGUGAUAAGUGGAGGGAGAGAGAUACAGUAAGAGAUACCGAAAGUCGUAGUAAGCAUGGGGACAAAUGUGAGAGGAUUGCUGAACUCUAUUGCAAACACUAAUUUAAAAUCGUUUAGCAACAAACUCAUUAGAUUGUGUAUUUAUUGGUUUGUUUUCUGUGAACUCUAGUCUUUUGGAAUCAUUGUAUUUCUCAACGCAAUUGUACUCAUAAAAAUAAACUGACACCAAGCAUUUUGCAAUA